AGAUAUGAAAUUGUAGGAUGUUUUUCUCAUAUCUAUUGUUUUGUUGACAUUCCUUUUAUAAAUCUGACAACUUUGUUUAAACUUUAGUGUUGGCAGUGGGAGUUAUGUGUUCUUUUAGGCAAUGUUUCAGCUGAAGUAUUGAGGUUCGUUCAGAAUGUCACGGGCCAGUGUGGGUCGGUACAGGUGGUUGAGUGGGGCUUCUUUUGGACUGCUACUAGCUGAUCUCAUCUGUAAUUCUCUCUUCCUUCUAUUUUAUCAUGACACAUUGAUUACUCUCCUGAUAUACAUAAUUCAAGAUGUAAGCCUGGUUUUUUCUCUCAUCUUAUUCUUUUUGGCCUUGUUCUCAACAUCUCUCUCCCAGGCUGGAUUGGUUGGAGAACUGGUGCAUAAAUUCCAGUGGUGCAUUAUUGUAGCAGUCAUGUACCUAGGUCUUUCUCUAGGGUUCCAUUCUUGGUCUUUGGAACAGCAGUGGCAGAAGCCCAAGGUUUAUAUUUGGGCACCUGGGAUGGUUGCACUUUUCACAGUACAAAGAGUUAUGGGUGGCGUACAUUAUUACUUGUAUAAGCGAGCUAUCUUACAGCUGUCUAACAAGGAAUUUUAUGCAAAAUUGCCUAUUGGUAGCUUCAAAUAUUAAGAUAUUUAGGGAGCAAUUUCUGCACUGGACCUGACUGGAAGCUGGUGAUGCAGCAUAUGUGCAUACUGUAUAUGACAUUACAGUACAAGUCAUUUUGACCAACCUGAAUAAGUAUUAAAUACUACCAAUGUAUUUCUAAAAAAUUGUUAGCUAAGCUAUAUUUACGAGGCAAAUUGGAAUUGCCAUUACCCUACAUCAUGUAAAAAAUAUUUGCAGACUACUCACUAUUUCUGUGUUACACCCUAAAUGAUUCCAAAAGAUAAUGUUAAAAGUAUACAUCAGGGAACUAUGGAACUAUGUAUAUAUAUAUGUAUUUAUAGUCAUGUAUAUAAUAAGUUUAUUCAUAACUAAGAACUGGCACACUUGCACAUAUACAUAUGUAUUUAUAUACUACGUAUCUUAUUUUUAAUUCAAUCUAGUAUUAAAUCAUUGUGUAAAUGUUAUGCAUUAUUUUAAUUUUGUAUUCUCAUCACUUCAACUAAAAGCAUUCAGUUGAAAUUGUGAUAAUAAAGGUGUA